GCUUGCAGUCUGGCUGCCAGCGGUAUAGACUGGAGCAGCACUGCCGGGAGGGGGUGUAUAUGUCCUGUAUUUUAUUCACUUCUGAUAUCAAGCAAGGCCUCCUCCCUCACAGUACUCGUCACCACCGGUCUACAGGACAUUUUUUUUGUUUGAAAGAUCCGAAGUCCGGUCAGAAUGCUUUCCAGACUGCGAGUACUCGCACGCCCUUGCACCAGCAUAUGCCGAUCUGUGCACACCAAAGAGAAGGGUAAAGCACUCAUGUUAAACCCAAGAACAAACAAGGGAAUGGCAUUCACCCUGCCAGAACGGCAAAUCCUGGGUCUACAGGGUCUCUUACCCUCCAAAAUAGAAACUCAGGACAUACAAGCUGCACGUUUUCACAAGAACUUACGCAAGAUGGACGACCCCCUGGAAAAAUACAUCUAUGUAAUGGGAAUUCAGGAACGGAAUGAGAAGUUGUUCUAUAGGAUACUGCAAGAUGACAUUGAGAGACUGAUGCCCAUUGUAUACACACCAACUGUUGGCCUUGCCUGCUCACAAUAUGGGCACAUAUUUAGAAGACCGAAGGGGGUAUUUAUUUCCAUAUUAGACAAAGGGCACAUUAAAGCUAUUCUGGAAAAUUGGCCGGAAACUGAUGUGAAGGCAGUUGUAGUAACAGACGGAGAGCGGAUUCUGGGCCUUGGAGAUCUGGGAGUUUAUGGAAUGGGAAUCCCAGUUGGGAAACUGUGUCUGUAUACGGCUUGCGCUGGUAUUCGGCCACAGAAUUGUCUUCCUGUGUGUAUUGAUGUUGGAACCGAUAAUACGACUUUACUUAAGGAUCCCUUUUAUAUGGGACUUUACCAGAAGAGGGAUCGUACGCAACUAUACGAUGAUCUGAUAGAUGAAUUUAUGGAUGCUGUCACUGACCUGUAUGGGCAAAAUACACUCAUCCAGUUUGAAGACUUUGGAAACCACAAUGCCUUUAGGUUUUUAAGGAAAUACAGAGAAAAAUACUGUACCUUUAAUGAUGAUAUACAAGGCACUGCUUCUGUAGCCCUCGCUGGUCUCCUGGCAACGCAGAAAGUAAUUGGGAAACCAAUCACUGACCAUACAGUUCUGUUUCUUGGAGCAGGAGAGGCUGCUCUCGGUAUUGCAAACCUCAUAGUCAUGGCAAUGAUGGAAAAUGGCCUUUCUGCUGAAGCAGCAAGAGAGAAGAUUUGGAUGUUUGAUAAAUAUGGUUUACUUGUUCAGGGAAGGAAAGAAGGGAUCGAUGGUAACCAGGAGACAUUUGCCCAUGCCACCCAAGAGCAAAACGUGAAAAGUUUUCUAGAUGCAGUAAAUAUCUUAAAGCCAUCAGCAAUUAUUGGAGUGGCAGGUGCCGGAAAACUGUUUACAGAAGAUGUCAUCAAAGCAAUGGGUUCUAUUAAUGAAAUGCCAGUUAUCUUUGCUCUGAGCAAUCCAACUACAAAGGCAGAAUGUACGGCUGAGGAAGCAUACACCUUGACGGAGGGACGAUGUCUCUUUGCCAGUGGAAGUCCUUUUGACACUGUGACCUUAAGCAACGGCCGAUCCUAUAAACCAGGACAGGGUAAUAAUGCCUAUAUUUUCCCAGGUGUUGCUUUAGCUGUUAUUCUGAGUGGUGUUCGACAUAUAAGUGAUCGCGUUUUUCUGGAGGCUGCAAAGGCAUUGGCUGAACAGUUGACUCCUGAGGAGAUGGAACAAGGACGACUUUAUCCACCAUUGUCUAAUAUUAGAGAAGUCUCUAUAUGUAUUGCUGUUAAAGUUAUGGAGUUUGUAUACCGAAAUGGCAUGGCAUUCCAAUACCCGGAACCCCUAGACAAGAAUACAUAUAUAAGGUCCAAAGUGUGGAACACCGAAUAUGACUCUUUCUUACCGGAGGUCUAUGAUUGGCCUGAGUAUGCAUCAAAGCCUCAUAGAAUGUUUUAAUUGUGCAGCCCUCAACCAACAAUUUUUAUUUCAUUUUAAAAGGAAAAAAAAAUAUUAUGGAUGUAUUGGAGAUGCAUCAAAACUGCAGCUACAUUAAAUCUUGUGCCUUUAAAGAUCUCACAAGAAAUAACCAAAUAUUUAUCACACCAAUAUUCAGAUUUUAAUAUUUAUGGAUAGAACUAUGACAUUCCUUUUUUUUUUUUUUUUUUAAACAUUAUUUAUUUUAAAUCCCCAUAAUUUAUUUGCACUCGCUCCAUGUGUUUAACCAUGCACAUACAUUAAUUUAUAAGUGUAUUCUAUUUUGCAUGGAGCUCUUCACAAAAGAUUGUUUGAACAAUUUUAGUUAUAGAAGGUGAUAUACUGUACAUGUGAAAUUAUUUUCUUACAUAUAUUGGUGUUCAUGUAGACUUGCAUAUACAGUCAACAUUAAGCAAUGCAGAAGGCAUUGCAUUGUAAUUGUUUUAACUUUAAGUGGGCAUUGUAGGGCUAAAUGUUAGGGAUGGGUGAAUGUUUCGCAACAUUUGAAAAAUGAAACUAAUUUUAACACGUCUCUUUAGAAUUUCCAAUGUUUAUAGAGCAUUCUAACAUUUGUUUAAUGUAAUAGUAUUUCUGAUGCUUUCUUUAAAUGUAAUAUUCAAAUUAAGCAAUAUUCGAAAUUGAAACAUUCGACUUUAUAUCUUUGUAUCUAUUAUGUAUCAAUUUACUAAAUUCCCUACCACAUGAACUAAUGAACUUCUGAAUAGUGUUUGUUAAAUUGAAUGUUACAUUUGAAAUUUUGAAUGUGGACAUUCGAUCUAAUUAUAAACAUUUGAAUUUGAAAACUGUAAAUAGCAUUGGAUUAUAGAAUGUUUAAGAAUAUUCAUUCUUAUCAACAUUCGAUUAUUUAAAUCAAAUUUCUACAAUAACAUUCGAAUAUAAACACAAUCACCCAUCCCUACUAAACAUACAUACUCUAGUUUGUUACAGCAUGUCUCUCUUGCACUACUGACUGUGGGAUUAUGUGUUUAACACCAACAAUGGGGCUAAAUACAUAGAAAAAGUCUGACUUGUAAGUGCAAGGAUUGCUACUCCUGAGCUGAACACAGAUGAGUGGUCAGGUUGUGCAACUUGCCUCUUUUUUUAUGACCAGCAGUGUUUAGUGGCUCCUGAGUGGGACUUUAUGUCUAAAGGUAAGCACAGACUAGUGCAUAUAUUUCACAUGCUUUAACAAACUAGAUCCCUUUUAAUAUUUAGGAUGCAAUUUUUUUAUUUAUAUUAGUUACAGAAUACAUGCUAUUCUUAAUUGGCUUAUAAAACUUUAAAAUUUAGGUGCGAGGUCCAUAUUUUACAUAGACUGGUUCUCAUAAACUAGUCCAUGGUCAAGGUGCUAUGAAUCGUCUGGUCUAGAUAUGAUAUAGAUAUAUAUAUAUAUAUAUAUAUAUAUAUAUAUAUAUAUAUAUAUAUAUAUAUAUAUAUAUAUAUAUAUAUCUGUAUCUAUAUAUCUGCCUGUGUAUAAAUGUCAGAAGAUUGUUGGCUUUGAGGGCCACUUUGAUGAAAAUUACACUCCACAUGGUCUAAAGAUCUAUACACUUCUCAACGCAUGGGGUCUUUAGGAGACCUAGGCUAUUUCUCACAGUACAGGUCAUAGUGUGUGUGCUGGGAAUCAAUCAUGUCCUGCCUUAUUAAAGGAACAGUAAUACCCUUGUAAUUAUAAGACGUUUCUGUUGGGUUGCUAUAGAAUAACAUCAACUAACUCUAAAAAAUGUUAAAAUUAAUUCAUUCCCUUUUAACUGCAAGUGUUUCUCUGUCUGUAGUCAAACACAACCCACCAUCUGCUUUAUUUGGAUGAACCUUAUUGGGGGUUUAGUCUGUGGACAACAAAGCUAGCUGAAAAUUAGAAAAUGUUAAUUGUCAGAGCUAAAUCACAUAAGUAAACCUUUUAUAUACAAAUCUUAAGGUGUUUACUGUCCCUUUAAGUAAUCGGGAAGGCUGUAGUAAGUGUAAACUUGUCACUAAUGGGAAAAAUGUAUUGGUCCUUGAUUGAAAUGCAUUCCAGCUAAUCUGCUUCUGCUUUUACAAAGAUGUUCUGAAGUCUGUAUCUAAAGAAUAAUUGCUCUGAUAUAGGAACAUAAUGGUAUGAAAGGGAUUCUCAUUGCACAAAACCACUAUAUAACUAGAAUUCAAUUUGUAUUUAGUCUUGAAUAAAUGAAUGGUUUUGAGCUUUAUCAUUUAGAGUUUAAAGGAAUGAGGGAGAAACUAGGGUUUUAGUUGUACCAGUUUUGGUGUUUUUUAAUGACUAUCUUUUUUAGGAACGGACAGUUUGACUUUGGGUUUAGUGUUUUUGGAUACUUAUCAUAUAUUUGUACGUGCUAAUGGAAAUCAGCUGAUCCUUUCUCCACAAUUUAAAGGGACAUAAUGGCUGAGUGAAAUGCGCAAGACUGCCUAUAAAAUUUGAAUAGAAUCAGAUUUGCAAUUUACUAUACAAAUUCCUAAAAAUUACUAUUUGUCCCAAUCACUAAGUCAAAAUCUUCUCUGCCUGCAUCUUUGGUUUGUUUUUUGUGUACUAAAAUUUAAAUAGUCUGUUUAUUUAACACAACUAUUACCUUUCUGAUUACAGCACUGUAUUAUCUUUCUGAUACUAUGUAUACAAAAGUAUGAAGAAUGAUAUAAAACCAACUUUAAAGGGACACUAAACCUAUUUUUUUUCUUUCAUGAUUCAAAUAGAGCAUGCAAUUUUAAGCAACUUUCUAAUUUACUCCUAUUCAUUUUUUUCGUUCUCUUGCUAUCUUUACUUGAAAAGAAGGUUCAGAACCUUGGACAGCACUUGUUUAUUGGUGGGUGCAUUUAGCCACCAAUCAACAAGCACAACCCAGGUUGUGAACCAAAAAUGAUCCGGCUUCUAAACUUACAUUCUUGCUUUUCAAAUAAAGAUAGCAAGAGAAUAAAGAAAAAUUGAUAGUUGGAGUAAAUUAGAAAGUUGCUUAAAAUUGCAUGCUCUAUCUGAAUCAUGAAAGAAAAAAAUUUGGGUUAAGUGUCCCUUUAAGAUUUAAGCUUUACUAUUUCAUAUAAAUAUUGCCUAAAUUAUUUAAGAUAUUGUUGUUUACUGAUAUAAAUAUACAAAUAUUCCGAAAUCUUAACUUUUUACGGUUUCACAGAGUUUGGAUAAAUGAUUUUGUACCUGUAUUUUCUUGUAAAACAUGCAACCCACAUGCCCCUUUGUUACUGCUAAGAGAACUAGCAGUAGCAUGUGGUAUCGUACAAGCCACAAACAUCCUGUGCUGCUUUGGUAAUACAUAGGGCAUGCACAGUAUAUCUGCAUAUGCCGCUGCAACUAGAAAAGCUAAUACAAGUAUAUUACAUAAAAUGCUUUUAUUCCAAUUUAAAUGCACAUUUCAGUUUUGUAUUAUACAUUGCAAUCUGAAGUUCUCCAUAAAAUGUGUGUUUCACUGGGACAUUGUAUUCUGAAAACAAAGUACGCUAUUUGAAAAUAUAAAUUGUAUUUUUGCCAUACUAAAUCUACAUUUGUUUUCUUUCAUGAUUCAGACAAAGCAUGCAAUUUUCAGCAACCUUCUUCGUUAUCUUGCUAUCUUUAUUUAAAAAGCAGGAAUGUAAAGCUUAGGAGUCAGCACCAUGGAUAGCGCUUAUUGGUGACUGACAUUUAGCCACCAAUAAGCAAGCAUAAUCUCAACCAAAAAUGGGCCGGCUCCUAUGCUUUACAUUCCUGCUUUUUAAAUAUAGAUAGCAAGAGAACGAAGAAUAAAAUUGAUAAUAGGAGUAAAAUUGCUGCUCUAUGUGAAUCCUGAAAUACAUUUGGCUUCAGUAUCCAUUUAAUAUAUUUGCAGCUUUAGCAAAUGCUGGUUAGGGAGCAUGGGAAGAGUCAGUUACCAGACAUUACUGGAUGUAAUAUUACAAGCUGCGCACAGCGUUUCCGUCAUACAGCCAGUGUUAUGGAAGUCUGCAGCGCUAUACAAAUGGAUGAUAAUGCAUUUGCAGAAAUAAAAUAAAGCAGCAGUUGCCUUCCUGUCCCAUACAGACCUGCUCUGUAGUUGAUUAAUAUUCCUGCACAGGGUUACACGGCAAUAAACUAACCUUUGUAAGGAGUAAGUAGCUGAGACUUACACUUCUCAAGCUGUUCCCACACAAGUUACUUUAGCUGUCUAACCUAACUUGUCAGGGAGCAGUGUGAGGAGUGUGAGCUACAGCUGCAGACAAUAGGUUCCUGGAUAGUGUUACCCCACAAUUACAGCAUGGCUAUUGGGGUACAGAGAGGCUGCUUCUGCAUCAUUAUAUUUUGUCUCUGUAGACUUUUUAUUUGUGCUGUUGUAGGGCAGAAAACGGCUGCAUUUUAUACACAAUAUACUGGGCACUGCUAGUACUAUUACAGACAAGUAUGUUUGGUUGCUCUGCAUAUGUACUACAGUCUGGCUAAGGGAGUAUAGGAAAUUAGCAGUGUGGGAAAGAAACAGUUACAGCAAGAAAUGGGAACACAGUCAACCUCACGUUAUCAAUUUUAUACUUCGCAUUUUUCUCAUAUGUGUUAAGAUGUUGAUUUGUCAUUCUUUUUUUCUAAUAUUGCACUUUAUCGGACAAUAACGUUCCUUUUAAGCACAACAACUGCGCCAGAGAAGCAUACUGCAAAAUUAAAGGGACACUAAAGUAUUUUUUUUUUAAUUGGGGCUAGAACUUUUAUGAUUUUUUUUUUUUGGCUUUUACACACAAGAUUUUUGUAGUCUAUCCCACAGAUGCGUUGUGUACACAUUUCCUCUACCUGGGAAAAUAAACAGUUUGCCUUAACCUUUAUGUUGUACACAGAUCUUUUAGAAUUACAAGUUUAUAUUGCUGACAUUUACUAGUAUUUAAAAAGAAUGACUUAAUUGUCCCUUUUAACAACUUACGACUAUUAUUUAAAACAUUUAGUUUUCUUUGCAGACUCAGCCCGUUUACCUUUUUAAUGGUGUAAUAUUUCUGCUGCUCUUGAUAUUUUAUAAAAUAUUUAUAUAAAAUAAGGCACAGCUAUAUCCAGAAAUGUAUUUUUAUAUAGCCAGUACAAUUAAUAUCCUGGGUUAAUAAUUUUAAAAUAUAAAUAAAAAUAAUGUGUUUUGCCUAGAAUUAUCAUGGAAAGUGCUUAAGUAUUUAUUUUUUCUAUACAAGUUCUACGUAUUGUGAAUUAGUUACUGAAAUGUCAUUUCCACACUCCAAUGUGAAAUUAAGAUGUUUUAUAUCUGUGUUUAUCUGGCUGUCCAGGAUUUUUGUGAUGCAACAGAUGUGGUGUUUCCUCCGUCCAAUAAAUUUAUAUAAAAUA